GAAGUUUAAAAUGUUAUUUCCACUAAUUCUUAUUCAUAUAUCGGUAUUAUUGUGUUCUUUCGAAUGUGCCCUAAAUGAAAAUUUAAAGUAUUUUGAGACUAUUCAUGCUUCAAGUUUACAGCAUCAUAUUGUAAAGCGAGGAGCAACAUUGUCUGCUCAUCCAUUCAACACCAUAAAAGAGUUGCACUUUAAAACUCUUGGCAAGAAUUUUAGAUUGAUUCUUCAUCCACAUAGUUCAGUUUUGCAUUCUAAUUUUAAAGCUUAUUCUGUUGAUGGAGAUGGGAAGGAAACAACUGUUCAUGUGGACAGAGGAAAUUUCUACACUGGUAGAGUUUUUGGUGAGAAAGCAUCUGAUGUCAAAUUACAUAUGGAAGAUGGGGUUGUUACAGGCAUUAUUCAUACACCACAUGAAACUUAUCAUAUAGAGCCCUCAUGGCGCCAUAUUCCAGGUCAUGAUGAUAAAACCAUGAUCACUUAUCGUUCGUCAGACAUCCGCUUUAGUUGGGGGGAUCAUACUGCUGGCGGUAAACCUCGGGUGUGCGGUUACGUAAAAGAGGGUAAAGAGUUGGAAGAUGAAGAUGCUGAAGUUGAUGAUAUAGAAUUAAAAUAUGAAAAAUCUGAAAAAGAAAAAUACCUGAACCAGACAGAUUUAAAUACCUAUGAUACAAAUAUGCACUUAAAACAAAAAGAAAAUAAUAAUAAUAAGAGAGUGAAAAGACAGAGUGAUUAUGAAUACACACCUACCAAAACAAGAUGCCCUUUAUUACUUGUAGCAGAUUACAGAUUUUUCCAAGAAAUGGGUUCCAGCAAUACGAAAUCUACCAUUAGUUAUUUGAUAAGUCUCAUUGAUCGAGUUCACAAAAUAUACAAUGAUACAGUUUGGCAAGAUCGUCAGGAUAUGGAUGGUUUCAAAGGUAUGGGUUUCGUGAUCAAGAAAAUUUUAGUUCACUCAGAACCAACGCGUGUCCGAGGCGGUGAAGCGCAUUAUAACAUGGUACGGGAGAAAUGGGAUGUGCGCAAUUUACUAGAAGUAUUUAGUCGUGAGUAUUCGCACAAGGACUUCUGUUUAGCGCACCUGUUCACUGAUCUGAAGUUCGAGGGGGGCAUCUUGGGACUUGCUUAUGUAGGUUCGCCUCGACGCAACUCCGUCGGUGGGAUAUGCACUCCAGCCUUAUUCCGCCAUUAUAGUACUUCAAGAACGGGUACACGUUAUACUUGAACUCCGGUCUGAGUUCAUCCCGGAACCACUACGGUCAACGUGUGAUAACCCGCGAGGCGGACCUGGUGACCGCGCACGAGUUCGGCCACAACUGGGGCUCCGAGCACGACCCCGACGUGGCCGAGUGCUCGCCCGCCGCCAGCCAGGGCGGCUCCUACCUCAUGUACACGUACAGCGUCAGCGGGUAUGACGUCAACAACAAGAGAUUCUCGCCGUGUAGUCUACGAUCCAUUCGUAAGGUGCUUCAGGCGAAGUCGGGACGUUGUUUCUCAGAGCCCGAGGAGAGUUUCUGCGGGAACUUGAGGGUUGAAGGAGGUGAAGAAUGUGACGCGGGCUUACUAGGAACUGAAGAUAAUGACAUGUGCUGUGAUAAAAACUGCAAGUUACGCAAAAAUCAAGGAGCUGUUUGUAGUGAUAAGAACUCGCCAUGUUGCGCGGGGUGCGUGUUCGCUCCGCCGGGCGUGGUGUGCCGUGAGGCGGCGCACUCCGCGUGCGAGGGCGAGGCCACGUGUAACGGCGCCUCCGCUGACUGUCCCAAGGCACCGGCGAUAGCUGACGAACACGAAUGUGCGGAACGUGGUCGAUGUCGUAAUGGAUCAUGCGUACCGUACUGCGAGACGCAAGGUUUACAUAGCUGCAUGUGUGACAUAGUUGCGGACGCAUGCAAGCGUUGCUGUCGAAAAAGUUUAAAUAAAACUUGUUUUCCUGUGGCCCAUAACGACAUCCUGCCCGACGGAACACCUUGCAUCCAAGGAUUUUGUAAUAAGGGCGUAUGCGAGAAAACAAUCCAGGAUGUAGUGGAGCGGUUUUGGGACAUAAUUGAGGACAUAAACAUCAACAACGUGUUGGGAUUCCUGCGCGACAAUAUCGUGGGCGUGGUGGUGCUAGUCACUGCGCUAGUGUGGAUCCCCGCUAGUUGUGUGAUAAGUUACGUGGACCGCAGGAGGCAGCGGCAGCAUCAGAAGUAUAUGGAUUGGGAUCGUCAGUACGACCUCGUACACCCUUCAUCACCCAGGAAAAUAAUAUCCAUUCGAUUACCAAAACAGAAACCUCCGGGUAUAAAGACAGUAAUACAAGGUACAAGUCAAAUCUAGAUCUCAAUUUUAUGCACACGCUGUUAUAUUUACUAUAAAGUAUAGCGUAAGUUAAAUCAUUAUCUAUAAUUUUAUUUAAAAUUAAUUCAUGUUUAUAUCAGAUCUCAAUUAUUGUAAGUUUGUUCAUAUAGAUAAUAAAUGAUUUAGGGUACAU